GCAGGGGGGCUGGUCCCGGAAGUUCCGAGACGGAUUCCAGGUGCCAGCGAAUCCUGUAAGGUACGCGUGGAAACUGGGAUCAUGGCGGCGCACGGCCCAGCGCUCUGCCUCUUCGACGUGGACGGGACCCUGACGGCCCCGCGGCAGAAAAUUACCAAAGACAUGGAUUGCUUUCUACAAAAACUGAGGCAGAAGAUCAAAGUUGGAGUCGUAGGCGGGUCGGACUUUGAGAAAGUACAGGAGCAACUGGGAAACGAUGUGGUUGAAAAAUAUGAUUAUGUGUUUCCAGAAAAUGGCUUGGUAGCAUACAAAGAUGGGAAACUCUUGUGCAAACAGAACAUUCAAGGUCACCUGGGUGAGGCCCUAAUCCAGGAUUUAAUCAACUACUGUCUGAGCUACAUCGCGAAAAUUAAACUCCCGAAGAAAAGGGGUACUUUCAUCGAAUUCCGAAAUGGGAUGUUGAAUGUGUCCCCCGUCGGAAGAAGCUGCAGCCAAGAAGAACGCAUUGAGUUCUACGAGCUGGAUCAAAAAGAAAGUAUAAGACAGAAAUUCGUGGAGGAUCUGCGGAGAGAGUUUGCAGGGAAAGGCCUCACGUUUUCCAUAGGAGGUCAGAUCAGCUUUGAUGUCUUCCCUGAUGGAUGGGACAAGAGGUAUUGCCUGGGACAUGUGGAAAAGGAUGGCUAUGAGACCAUUUAUUUCUUUGGUGACAAAACCAUGCCAGGCGGGAACGACCACGAGAUCUUCACAGACCCGAGGACGGUGGGCUACACCGUGACGGCGCCCGAGGACACACGCAGGAUCUGUGAGGAGCUCUUCUGCUGACCAUCCCUCUCCCCGUGGGAGGGGCGUCCCACCACGCCCACCCCCAGCCCACUGUACAGUUGUCACUCGGGUCCUCACUCAGCAGGGAAAUGGCCCUCCGCCUCCAGUGCUAGAAGCAGCCAGAAGGAAGAAGAAAAGGCUUGUCAAGAAUGGUUCAGAGGACUGUCUCCAACAGAGGGUUUUGUCCCCACCCCGAGUCUCAGGACCCCCAGCCCUGCCCUGAUACGUGCGAUCACAGCACACCUGGGGGUUUUGUUUUUAAACUUUCCCAUCAUUCUAGAAUGACACAGGAAGAACGAGUGUGCCUGGACACCCCCUCUUUCCUCAUGGGUCUUGUGGGAAACGUAACAGAUACUCACAUUGGGACCCUCUGCAUCAAUACCAGGAGGGGGGCUUUGGUGAUGAGAAAGAAAGGACAAGAUGCUUAUGAUGAUCUGACCCUGGGGCACGGUUAAAAACACUUCCAGAAAUGAAGCUCCCCCGUGAAAGCGCUGGCCGAGUGACCACUGACCCCAGGGACUUUGCACCUAGCUGGCCCAGGAAGCAGGGGUAGCUCUGUAUCCACUACACUUUGAAGAGCCCGCUGGUUUCCUAGCCAUUGGGACAGAGGCAGUGGAACCAACAACCCCGCCGAGAACUGGCACAUGGCCCUCCCGGGACGCAGCUCCAAGCCCAGGCCCAGAGACUAACUGAGGCGAUCACACUACACCCAAAGAACCUCCUCCUGCUGUCCCCAGGGCCUGUUUGCCCUAGUUCGUCAGGGAUCAGGGGAGAGCCUGAACUAACAGAUCAGGAGCUGUACCGUUUCUCUGCCGAUGUUUGAAUAAGCCCAUCCACCCAGGCCCUCGGAGCUGCCGUGGUCGGGUCUGCAACCCUCACUCCUCCCUCCCGCCUUCUGCAAGUUCCUUGUAUAAUUGGAAGGCAGCUCGGAGCCUCGUCCACAACACAGAACACGGAAGAGAGCUUUCCAAGAAAACGGUUCCUGUGUGCUUUUGAGCAUCUUCCUCCACAGGCCAGUGCCGGGGCCGGCGUCACUCCAGGCAUGGCCUCUGCUGGGGGCUUGCAGACCUGAAUCUGAAGUGGGGAUUACAGAGGUGCUCUGAGCAGCCCACCUUUCUGCCCCCACCAGGUACCUUCAUCACAGAGGAACCUGGUUCCCCCCAACCCUCCCCCAGACCGGCUUGUCUCAGCUCAGGAUCAGCGCCAGGCUGCGAGGUCAGCCCCCUCACCUGCCCAGGGCCACACACUGGGGUGACAGUUCUCACUGGUUCCCAGGACUGUGCCGUCCUGUGGCAUCCUUCCUGGCUGAAUUUUACACAAUACUGUAAUGAUCUUUCAAAAUGAAGAGUAGCAAAUUAAAGUGAUUUUAUUGUUUCCUA